AUGAAGGCGGCUUAUGAGUAUUUACUUAAAAAGCAAGGACCCCAGAUGCCUCCUUUACAUCCCCAGCCUGACCAGCAUAUCCAAACCCUAACCCAGCCUGACCAACAGAUCCAGCCCCAUCCUGACCAGCAGAUCCAAACCCAGCCUGACCAGCAGAUCCAGACCCAUCCUGAGUCUGACCAGCAGAUCCAAACCCCAAUCCAGCCUGACCAGCAGAUUCCACACCAUUUUGACCAGCAGAUCCAGCACCAUUCUGCCCUGCAGAUUCAGACCCAUCCUGACCAGCAGAUCCAAACAACAACCCAGCCUGACCAGCAGAUUCAGCACCAUUCCGACCAGCAGAUCCAGACCCAGACUGAAGCUCAACAGAUAGAUGAAGAUGUCAUCCUCAACCUCUAUUUUUUGCCCUCUCCAUCCCAUGUCCAGACUCACUCUGAAGCUCAACAUCUCCAGGUCCAGCCACAGCCCCAGCAAAUUCAGCCGCUGACUGCAAAACCAAACCCUCCAAAAAAUAAAAAAGGGUGCCGAAAAUGCAGCAGGCAAAAAGUGUGGCAAUACGACACUAUCGUUGACAAAAGAAUGACAGGGGAUAAGGCUGAAGUAAAAGUGCGCUGGUUGCCUUGUUCUCAGUGGUAAGUAUUGACAUACAGUACAUAUUCAUUCACACUUGACUAUGUUUCUCAUCAGCCCUUUGGCAUCUUUGGUAUAGUGUUGUUCUAGGAUGAUAGAGUAGUAUGUACACAUUGGCUGCAAACUGGCUUCAGGCAGUAGUU